AUGCCCUCCAUAACCCACCCCCGCCUCCACUCCCUCAAUACCCACACCACCAAGGGGCGUUGGUGCCUGAGGGGCCUUGCCAGAGGCGGUGGUGCCCUUAGGGUCCUUGCCAGGAGCAUUAGCGCCCUCGGGGACCCUCCCAGAAACGGCGGCACCCCCAGGGGCAGUGGCGCUCCCAAAGGCUCUUCCAGGGAUGGCAGCACCCUCAGGGGCUCUCCAAGGGAUGGCGGCACCCUGGGGUCCCUGCCAGGGGCGGUGACGCCCCCAGGGGAUCUACCGGGGACAGCGGCGCUCCCAUGCAUGGCAGCGCCUUCAUGGGCCCUGCCAGAAGCGUUGGCGCCUCGACGCCCUAAGAGCCCUCCAAGGGUCGACGGUGCCCUCAAGGGCUCUGCAAAGGGCGGUAGCGCCCCUAAAGGCCUUGCCAUAGGUGGUAGUGCCCUCAGGGCCUUCCCAGGGAUGGCAGCGCCCUCAGAGGCCCUUCCAGAAAUGGUGGCACCACCAGGGGCCUUGAUAGGGGCGGUGGCACUCCCAAGGUUGGCGGUGCCCACAGGGGACCUGUCAAAGGAGGUGGCUCCUCCAGGGGCCCUACCAGUGGCGGUGGCAUCCCCAGGGGCUAUCCAAGGGGCAGCGACACUCCAAGGGGGCCCUCCCAGGGACGGCAGUGCCUCCAUGGGCUCGGCCAGAGGUGUUGGCAACCCUAGGGGUGCUGGCUCCCCCAGGGGCCCUACCAGGGGCUCUCUCAGGGACAUCAGCACUCACGGGGCCCCUCCCAGGGACAGCGAUCCUCCCAAGGGCACUGACAUGGAUAGCGGUGCUCCCAGAGACUGUCCUAGGGACAGUGCUCGCUCCCAGGGGCCCUCGCAGGGGCAAUGGCAUCCCCAGGUAGCUCCCAGGGACCCUCCCAGUGGUGGCGCCGACCCCAUGGAUGGCGGCGCUCCCAGGGGGCCUGGCUGGAGGGAUGGCGCCCCCAAGGGCCAUGGCAGGGGUGGUGGAGCCCCCAGAGGCCGUCCCAGGGAGGGCAGCACCUCCAUGGGCCCUGCCAGUGGCGUUGGCGCCCCCAGGGGCACUAAUAGAGGUGCUGGAGUAGGCAGAGGCCCUGCCAGGGGCGCCGUCGUCCCCAGGGGCUCUCUCAGGGACAAGCGCUCACGGGGGCCCUCCCAAGGCCACCGAUCCUCCCAGUGGCACUGCCAGGGACGGUGGCACUCCCAGAAGCUCUCCUAUGGACAGCAACGCUCCCAGGGACCUCUCAGAGGCAGUGGUUUCCCCAAGGGCCAUGCCAGGGACAGUGGAGCUCCCAGGGGCGAUGCGGAACCCCAGGGACCGUACCAAGGGUACGGGAGCACUUCCAGAUGCCGUGCCAGGGACGGUGGCACCCCUAGGGGCUCUCCCAGGAAAUUUGGUGCUCUCAGGGGCCCUCCCAGGGACUGCGGCGCCAGCAGGUUCUCUCCCAGUGACAGCAGCGCCCUAGGAGCCCUCCCAGGGACGGCGGCGCCCCCAGAGUCUCUCCCAGUGACAGCAGCGCCCUAG